ACGAAAAAUUGUAUAAAAGUACUAGCGCCGAAGAGGUAGGCAUCAGUUGAUUUUGUGAAGCGCAAGAUAAAACGUGAAACAGAAAGAUGAAGGUAUUUAUUUGCUUGCUCGCUGUGUUUGCUUACGCAUCAGCUUCAGCCAUCAGUACUGGAUGGAGUGGUGGUGGUGGCUGGCCAUCGUACGGCUCGGGAUGGAGCUAUGGGGGAGGAUACGCUCACGCUCCAGUUAAAGUUGUGAAAUGGGUUGCACCAAGCCAUGGAUGGUCAAGCGGCUGGAAACAACCAAGCUACUCAUCAGGAUGGUGGCCAAGCUCCGGAUGGUCAAGCAGCUCUGCUGGAUGGCCAAGCGCAGGCUGGCCAAGCAAACCGAGCUAUGGUAGCGGUUGGUCAGGUGCCUCUGCAUGGCCAAGCAGCGGAUGGUCCAGCAGUGCAUGGCCAUCGAGUAGUGCAUGGCCAUCAAGCAGUGCAUGGCCAUCGAACAGUGCAUGGCCAUCAAGUAGUGGAUGGAAUGCAUGGCCAAGCAGCUCAUCUGGAUGGUGGUAAACUGUAAUACUCUGUGGAGCCCAUUUAUGAGUUGUGCACAACACAGCCAGCCCAUUUGCCGUUUUCUUAAAAAUAAUAAAUUGCUUGACGAGCAAUCAGAAAAACAAAUACAAAAAAUGUACAAUCAAUUAUAAAAGAGAAGAAGGGCCAGAUUGCUUUUUACAACUCUACUUUAGUAGUAAGAUGAAACGAAAAACCAAUAAAAAACGAGAUUUGUAAAUUUGUUUGUUUCAA